UUCGCACGGUGCAAGCUGCAUUCAUUGGACCUGGCCAAUUGAAAUUUACGCUCUGAUUUAAUCAUCGAAAUCCGACAUCAUGAUGGACAUGGAGAUGAACGCAGGUUUAGACGACGAUGGGAGCGAGGACAGCGAGGCACCUUCGGAGGGUAGCUCGGCGAGCAGCACCUUUUGUACUCUGGAGAAGCAGUACGAGAAGGCGCUGGGGGAAAUAAAAGACAACGAAGCAUUGGUUCGUUUCAAAGACAAAUACACCACUCUCUUUGAAUCUCUAUACAAUGCGCAUAGAACGGAAAAAGAGCUGACGGAGAAGUAUGAUGCACUGCAGGAGGAAGUUUUCGCGAGCGAGGAGAAAAUCCGCGAGUUGACGGAAACUAUCACGAACAACAACGAGGAGAUCGAGAGGUUGAACCUCGAGGUGAUGAAUACGAUGAAGCGAGCUGACGCGGCUCACACGCGCGAACAGAAUGCACAGGAAGUGAUCGAGAACCUGCGAUUGAACGUCACUCAGUUGACCCAGGAAAUCGCUCAAAAGAACAGACUGCUCGCCGCUGGCGAGGAUAGUACAGCUACCAAGCAAAAGGAGAUGCUUCAGCAGGAGAAGGAGAAACUGACGAGCGAGGUGGACACGUUGAGGGAACGGUUGAAGAACAUGUCUUCGUACACCGACGAGCUUGAGAAGAGGAACAGCCUGGUGGGCCAUCAGAUAGAGCAGAUGCAGGAGAACCUGGACACCCAGCUGAGCGAAAUCUCGAAAGAACGACGAGCCAAGCAGAUUGCUCAAGAUGAAGUACAAAAUCUGCAAGAGGAGCUUAUUGCAAAAACGGAUAAUCUCCAUGCUGCGAAUUCGUCGAUCCAAGCAGCAGCGGACAACAUAUUCAGGCUAGAAAGUUUAGUGAAAGAGCAUAAAGCAUCCGGUGAGAAAAUGCAGAAGGAGAUAAACAAGCUGUCUGUAAAAAAAUCGAAUCUUCAGACGGAUCUCGAUAACGCGAACACUCAAAUAGAAAAUCUUGAAAAGGACAUUGCAUCGAAGGAAAAGCAGCUGAAGGAAACGAAGCUGGCGUUACACAAAAUGAGAACAGAGAUGACGAAGAUGAAAACCGACGCGGGUACCACAACGAAACGGUUACAGAAACUCGAGUUAGAACGAUCAGAUUUCGAGCAGCAGAUGAAGCAAGCUUUGAUAUCAAUGAGAAAUGCUGAACAAGAGACGCUGAUACACCGGAAGCAGUAUACUGACAAACAGCAACAGAUCGAGGUUUUGUUGCGCGAGAAGAACAUCCUGGCGCGUAAUCAGGAGACCCUAGGAGAACAAAUUAAGAGGCUGAACCACCAGCUGGUGGUGAGCGACUACGGUAGGCGAAAGAUCGAGGCUGAAUUGGACGAUACAACGCGAAAUGUCAUGGAACUGACCAAACAGCUGCAGACGGUUGAAAAGGAGAGGGAAAAACAUAGUCAGACGAUAAAGGACUUGGCAUAUCAGGUGGAGGAUCACAUAAGUGAAAUUAAGCUAAAGCAGCUGGAGAUUUCGAAUUACAAGAAGAAGUUAAUAGAAGCUGAGACAAAAUACCGUCAACAGCAGAAUCUAUUCGAGGCUGUCCGUGCUGAAAGAAACGCGUAUAGCAAGAGCUUGGUAGAGUCACAGGACGAGACACAGGAUCUGAAGAACAAGUUGUCAGUACUUAGCCAUCAGAUCGAGCAGUUGAAGGAAGAUAUCGUGACGAAGGAGACCAACCUGAUCAAAGAAGAAUUUCUUCGCAACAAGGUAGAAAAAGAAAAGGAAGGCAUAAGAAUCGAACUGCAAUCUGCUCGCAAAGACGCGAGUGCUCUGAAACGCGAGAUCGAGAAGAUGAAAGAAGAAGAGAAGAGCCUUCGUCAGGUGAUCGCGAAGGCAGAAUCAGACAUAGGACGCCACAAAAAGGACAUAGACACCGUGAUGAACGAAAGGGAUAUUAUUGGCACGCAAUUAGUCAGAAGGAACGACGAAUUGAGCCUUCAAUAUAGCAGAAUAAAAGUGUUGCACGGUACUCUUCAACGUGGUGAGGUUCAGUACAACCAGAGGUUGGAGGAUAUUAGAUUGCUGAAACUAGAGGUGAACAAACUGAGGACAGAGAAUACUCUGUUGACGAAGAACAUAGAAAACAUGAGUGAUCUACGUCAGGAAGUAUUUCAUUUGAAUCGUGAUUUAACCAGAGAGAGGCUGAAGGUUAUGGCACUGGAAGAAGAAGUACAGACUCCAUUGAAUAUUCAUAGAUGGAGAAAACUUCAAGGUUCUGAUCCUUCCGCCUAUGAAUUGUUGAGGAAAACUCAAAUUCUUCAAAAGCGAGUGAUUAAAAUGGCUCACGAUAUAAUUGAAAAGGAAAAGAAAAUUAAAGAUACGGAGAAAUUGUACACUAAUCUUCGUGAAGUUCUGUCGCAGCACCCAGGACCUCAGGUGGCGAUUUCUCUGAAUAAAACUCAGAAAGCCUUGCGUGAAAGGGGAGAAGAAAUGAAGUGUCUGAUCGCAGAAUUGAACAUGUAUGAAGUCCAGAUCUGCGAUUACAAGGUCGACAUGGAGAAGAUGAACAACGAGAUAACGGAUCUAAAGAAAAAAUAUUACACUCAAAAACGAAAGUUGCAAAAAUCGAAGGAAUUCAAACCAAGACGAAACAGCGACACCAUGCUACCAGUGGUAACUCGUUCCGCAAAGAAAUUCUGCGGUGGAGGCUUUAACAUGGCAGCUCCUACCCCGCGAAACUGUUUUCUCGUACACUCUGCAAGUAGAUGAACUCGAUUGGGGUUUCUAAGGGUGACAGGAAAGGGGUGCAGCCCGUUCUAUUUGCCAGAGGUGGCGAUACGACACUGUAAUGAAAAUAUAACAGUGUACUUGACAGAAUUUCUCUUGUGUGCUUUUCGUGUUUUCGAAGCUUUGCUCUCUGCUCUGUCGUUUUUCCCCGGUCCUCUUAAUGUCUGUCAAUAUUUGCGACCACAGUCUCUGUUUU